UGUCUCUGGGGUCGGGCCGUUGGGAGUCGGGGCACUAACAAAGAGACGACAGAGGAGUACAACAGUAUGUUUUCUCAGAUUAACCUCUUCUACCACGGCGUUACUAAGGAACUGUGCAAACUGAAGCCCACGUCAAUAGAGGAGGGACAGGUGUGUGUGGUGUACUGGUCAGUGAUGAAGUUGUGGUGUCGGGCCGUGGUGGAAUCAAUUAUUAUGGACUCUGUAUCCUGUAAAGCUCGCUGCCUGCUGGUCGACCACGGCGAACGUCUCGUCGUUGCUUCAGACCAGAUUCGAGUUGCUGUACAGAACUUCCUCCAGCUGCCGUUUUGGGUGAAGAGGUUCCACCUGGCACGAAUCCAACCAACAACCCUGCGAGUGUGUGUUUACCAGGAGAAUGCAGAGCUUAUUUCGACCGCUCAUUGGGACAGCUCAGCUACGCUCUACCUACACAACCUGCUACAAGCGUCAACUUGGACAGAGGCUGUGUUGCUUGAAUCUGACUCAGACUCCACCUCCAUCGAGCUUUACCUAACUAUUGGAAACAUCAAGAUCUGUGUUAAUGAUGACCUUGUGGCCAAGAGGUUUGCAUAUUACACCAGAGAGUCUGCGACAAGCAUGGAGUUGGAUGAGGUGGAUCGAUUUCCCAACAUGUUGUCCUCCGGCAUCUUAAACCAGAGUGUCUCCACAAUCUUACGCAAGCCGACAGCAGUAACACAACCACUUGCUGGUAAACAUACGGAUGUGACUGCCUGUUCAGGGUUUUUGGGCGGUGAUAGACAUCAGGGUAGAGCAUGUGAUUGGCUGACAGCUCCCUGUUCGCCUCAGAGCCAACAGCAUGAGCUGAGGAGCUCUAAUGGAGACUGUAGGCCAAACAUCACAGAAGAACAACUGUCUACUGGCAGCCAAUCACGGAGCAGCUCUCAGACUGCUGCUGCAGAGAGGUUCCUGAAGUUUCUGAAUCCUGGCAGCAGCUAUCAGCAGGUGACUCACAGUGUGGGUGAGGUUGAAGAGCUGAGUGACUGUAAACCUAAAGAGUUGACUUUGGCCUCCAGCCCCUGCACAGGACAGGAAAACUGCAAAAGUAGUUCGGUAGAGUCAGGACCAGCAGAGAAAGAGAAGACGAGGAGCAGUGAAUUGGUCGGGACUUGUUCAAGGCUUUUGGAGUGGUUGAACCCCGAGCCUCUGAAUCUUGAUCCAGAAGCUGGAGAUGAUGCUGUUCUUCCCAGUGAGCCCAGGUCAAAAGGGAUUCUGGUGCACUCUGCACUCCCAGUUCAGCCCUGCACCAGUUUGGAUGAUGCCCCCAUAACUGAAGCUCUCCGCUUGGUGCUUCAGAGGAAGCAGUACAGCACUCUGUCUCCAGCUGACUGUUACAGCUGGCCAGCUGUGUCUCGAGGAUGCAACACCAUCAUCGUGUCCCACAUUGCUGACCAGCCGCUCAGCUACCUAGCACCACUCCUCACCCACAUCCUACUCAACUCCAUCUUCAGUUCCCUCACCUCCAGCACAGGGCCCAUAGCAGUGCUGCUGUGUCCAGGCUGGGAGAAAGUCCAGCAGGUGUAUGACCUGCUUGAGGAUUUCAAGAUCAGCCAGGUGCUUCAUCCCAUCGUCCUGCUGCUGGGUGUAGGGAAGGACGAGGCCAAAACUGUCAGGAUCCCGAAGAACUGCCUGCUGUUAGUGAGCACACCCUUUAGUUUUGUCCGUCUGCUGUCUUGUCACUGCUUCAUGUUCCUGCGACUUCAUCACCUGCUGUUGGAUGAGGCCGACCAGCUCUUCACUUUCGCUCCAGAUGAGAUGGAGAUCAUUUUGCAGCAUUUCCAGAAGGUGACCUCCAGCGAGGAGAAGGCCUCAAGUCCUCAGCAGCUUGUUGCCGUGGCGAAAAGAUGGACCAGUCAAGUGGAGGGAUUGUUAACCAAUCACAUGCCAUACCCCUGCAUUGUUAUGACUGUCCCUGAGGAAGCUGCUCUCUACGGUAACGUUCAGCAGUUCAUCCUCAUGACUCUAGAGAGCAGUAAGAUCUCAGAACUGUUGGGGAUGUUGGACUUCAGCCCAGAUGUUGGACAGAAGACUCUGAUCAUAGCCAACUGUGCUCAAGAAGUUGAAGAUGUUUUCAAGGCCGUGAGUCACAAAUCUGCUUUCUGCCUCAAGACUCACGAAGGAUUAACAUACCAGUUCGACUUUGUCAUCCAGCAGUGGAGGAAAAACAUCGGGCCUGGAACUCAUGUUAUUCUGGUGACCACCAACGAAUGUCUGAAGAGUUUAGGAAUCAGAGACGCAUCUUGCGUCAUCCACUACGGUUUCCCAACUUCUCCCAAGCUGUUUGGCAGUCGACUCUUCAGCAUGUCUGAAAACUUCAGAAACCUCUCGCAACAGGUUUCAACCCAGGAUCAAACAGCGAGCAGCCCUCCUGUCACCAGGUCAGUGCUGUUGAUCUCAGAGAGGAACGCUCCUCAUGUUGUGGGUGUUGUGCGUUACCUGGGACGAACUAACGCCUUGCUGCCCCCUGAGCUACUGUCUUUCGGCCAGGGCAUCCAUAUGGCCAGGGAGGACCUAAAGACCAACAGGCCUUUCUGCAGCUACCUGAAGAGCCUUGGAGUCUGCAGAGACAGUAGAGCAUGUCCCGACCGUCACAAGUUCAUUUCCCAGCUGGAUCAGUCCGACCUUCCUGCAUCUGGUGUCAUAGAAGUUUUACCUCUCUAUAUCAAGACGGCAUCAGUCUUCUAUGGUCGCAUUGUCAGGAAAGAUGACAAUGGUUUUGAUGGCUUAGCAUCUGAGAUGGCUUCUUACUAUGCUGAUAAGAAACCAGGAGCCACAGAGUUGUCGGAAGGAGGCUUAUACGCGGUGCAGGAGGACAACACCUUCCACAGGGUGAAGAUCCUCUCCGUUCCCGACAGAGGUGGCCACUUGUUUUUCUCGGUCUUAGUGCGGUUUAUUGACACUGGAAAGGAAGAGGAGGUGAAAUCCCAACAGAUCCUUCAGCUGCCGGAGCAGUUUCACUUUCUGUCCUGCCAGGCUGUGGAGAUCAUUGUCUGCCGCAUCAAACCAGUUGAUGCCGAGAUCGACUGGCACCCAAAGGUCACCAGAGCCAUCAGUCAGAGGAUCCGAGGUCUGCAGCACCGCGCAAGAGCAGUGCUCAGUCUAGGAAACACUGUCUUUGUUGAUCCCAUGGUCCGGGUGAGCCAAGUGCCCGGAAUGAAAACUGUUAUCAACGAAUACAAUGUCCAGUCUGAGAUUCUGAAUACUGGAAUGGGAGUCAGCAACCCGGAGCAUCUAAAACUGCUGAGGACACUGUGCCAGGAGGGGGAAGACUGCAGCAGCAAACAGGCAGGCCACACAUAUGGGUUGAAGGACAACUUGUUGGCUAUUGAAGUCAGGAUCAAAGCUGAGGAAGAAGUUCUGGCUGAAGUCUUCAGAGCAGCCGAGGCCAGGAAGCUCUCUGACCCUCCUCAACUUGAGCCAUGUGAGCCAUUAAGCCCAGUAGGUCCAAUGAACCAGAACCAAGUCCCAGCUACACCAGCUUGUCAUCUCCGCCUGAUCCCAGUGUUUGAGCAGGAAUGUCUCCCAGAAAUUCAGGCUGCAGAUGAACAGAGAUGCAAUCGCACUCCUGAUCUAAAGUCAGCUAAACAGAUGAUGAGAGAGGGAGGAGAACUUUGUCCCAUGACCAACCUGGCUGGUUGUCUCAACUUCUGUGAUAGUGGUGGCAUUGAAAGUAAAAGUCAGCAGGUCACCAUCAGCACUAAGGAAAAAAACUACGAUGAAAAAAGUUUCCAUCCUCAGAUCCGCUGGUACCAGACGUCCGACGCUGUGAUUGUAAAAGUGAAGUUGAUGAACCCAGAGAGUCAGCGCUGUGACUUCUACCUUGACAGGGUCGUCUACAGUGGCAGAGUGAACAGUCAGUCCUACAGAGCUGACCUGGAGCUUAAGGGCAACAUUGCUGUGGACCGCUGCUGCUGGGAAAUGAAGUCCAAUGAGCCAGUCCUAAAACUGGUCAAACAACAGAAGGGCCCCUGGGAAAAACUGCUCAGGAACAAGAAUAUUUUUGUGAGUUAUGAUGUGGAGCAUUUUGAGAAGAAUGAAGACAAAGCACCAAAUAGUCUGUGGUUUGUGGGGGACACAGGAAAGGAUAACUGGUAUGUGAACUCGGAGAGUGGCAGUGAGAGUGACUGAAGAUAAACACUCUCUAUUACAAUCUAAGGAUCACAGGAAUAUUUUUGUCAUACAUUGUGUUGUGACCAUUGAUGACCUCAAUAAUGAGGAUUGUCCUGUCAGGGUUCUGUGAAUAGAAACGUCUGCAGUGAAUUAACUGAACUUGAAUAUUUUUGUCAUACAUUGUGUUGUGACCAUUGAUGACCUCAAUAAUGAGGAUUGUCCUGUCAGGGUUCUGUGAAUAGAAACGUCUGCAGUGAAUAAACUGAACUUUGAGAUUUAAACAUUAAGGUACUGCUAAAAGUCUGAUAUAUAAAUUUGUGUCAAGUAAAAUGCGGCAUGCAAUGUUACUGUCACAGUUAAAUGUUAUCAAAGUGUUCAUCCAUAACUUUUGUCAGAAUCUGUUCAACUCCAUGUGAGUAAGAAAAGAAGAAAAUAGGGUCUGUCCCUAUUUGUUUUUCACUGUUGUUGCCAUUUUUCAUUUCUUGAUAGAAGCUCUGUCAUGCCAAAUCUCAAUCUAAUGAAAACGAAUGAAACAGUCCAGCUAUAAAUCCCUCUCUUAUGAAGCCUGUGCUCUUCUUUGUAGAUUAUACAACUUCAUGGUCAUUUUGUAGGCUGCAGAUUGUGGUCCUGUUCAAUUGCAUUUCAUUAUAUGGAUAAAUGCCUCUAUUUCCUUGUCCACCCCAUCAAUGUGGGUCAGGCUUAAAUAACAAACAAUAAGUAUUGUUUCUAAACAGACAUGUCAUAAAAAAUCCAGGACUUUUUUCAAUAGGUUUAUUUAUUUUCUAUGGUUUGUGAGCUACCUUUAAGUAAUUCUAACACUUCCAGCUAUGAGGAGCUCCUCCAGUUUGUGCUUAUUUUCGGACGGUAGUGAAGAUCCAGAUCAUCAAAGUACGAUUAUAAGUAGGGUUGGGCGAUGUGAAUUUAAUUGGCAUAUGACACAGCUCACACAGAAAACAGGAAAAAUGUAAAAUGCCUCCAUACUGCUCAUCCCGUGUCAAGUGUCAGCAAGCCCUGACAUUUAUAGUUGACUCGAAAUGGCGUCAUUUACACCAGGUCUUAAGCCUAAAAGUCCACCUGAAGUGCCAAAGCUAGCAUGUCUGCCGUUCACUAAAAGCACCUCUUCUGAAGACAUCAGCGGAAAUUUAGGCUUAAAACUUGGUGUAAAUGAUAUCGAAUUUGAAUGUCAGGGCUUACGGACACUUAGAUCAUAUGGAGGCAUACAAUGUUUAAUUACGUCUGGAGCUUCGGUCAACAGUUAUGUCAGUUUUAUUGGAUUCAGCUCUAACACUAUUUACCCCUGAAACUCCACAAGUGUUUUGUGGACUCAAACACUUCACCCACCCCUCCAUCGUCAUUGUGGUCAGUAGAUAGUUGAAGAUAAUAAUAAACUUUUUAUAGCACUUUUCAAAAACUACAAUUACAAUGUGAUUUGACAUCAAAGCAAGACAAGUAAAUUAAACUUGUCUCACAUGACGGUGAAACAGUGACGACAAAAGUUGUAAUAUUAGGAGGAACUGUUUAUUUGUGGUGAAGGGUUUUGGCAGCUGAAUUAAAAUAAAGUAGAGAAAUAUCUAGAGAAUAAUUUUUAUUUAGUGUGGUUUGCUAGCAGUACAGUGGAUUUUGAAUAAUAAAUAGAAACUGUAUAAUGCCUUAGUUUAAGUAGAGAUUUAAGAUAAAGUUAACUUUAUCAAGCCCAUAACGGAAGUUUUGUGUUUUCAUCUGUGUUUGUUCCUUUAGCAGGAUUUUGCAAACACAUGAAAGUUACUUUCACAGGUACAAAGUUUUUUUGUUUUUUUUACCUUUCAAUGUUUGAUUUUAGUUAUUACCGUUCAUAGUUUUGUAUGUGGAAGUACAUCUUUUGAAGUGAAUGUGAAUGGUGCCAUUAAAUGAUGGUGUAUUUGUGGUUGAUGAGGCUCAAAUCCCUACAGUUUUGUAUAUUUUUGUUAUGACUAUUUCUCUGUUCCAUAUAAAGACUGAUAAAAAGUUAUUUAA